GCGGGUCCUUCGGAAAGCCAGACCCCGGGGGCGCUCGGGGAUGGGAGCGCGGUGCGUGCGAGAGCGGGACAGAGUUAGGAUGUGCCUGGAUGCUGCCCGGCGGCAGCGCAAGGGGGUGCACGGGCACCCCCAUAACCUCCCACCGCGGUCCCCCAGCACCGCCCCAAAGCCGAGUGCGAACCGAAGGAGCCUGAGGCAGAAACCACAGAGAGGGAAGCCGAGAAAGGGCUUGGGAGAUGAUGCAGCAGGACGAGUCAAACUCGCCAGUCUCCCCCGCCGACGACAGCUUGAGCAACAGCGAAGAGGAGCCGGACCGGCAGCAGCUGCCCAACAACAAGAGAGGGGGGCGCAAGCGGCGCUCCAGCCGCCGCAGCGCCGGCGGCGCCGUCGGGGCCGCGGACGAGCCCUGCAGCCCGGCCCAAGGCAAGCGGGGCAAGAAGUGCGGGGCGGGCGGGGGCGGCGGGGGCGGCGGCGGCAGCAGCAGCGGCGGGGGCAGCCCCCAGUCCUACGAGGAGCUGCAGACCCAGCGGGUCAUGGCCAACGUGCGGGAGCGGCAGCGCACGCAGUCGCUGAACGAAGCCUUCGCCGCCCUGCGGAAGAUCAUCCCCACGCUGCCCUCGGACAAGCUGAGCAAGAUCCAGACCCUCAAGCUGGCGGCCAGGUACAUCGACUUCCUCUACCAGGUCUUACAGAGCGACGAGCUGGACUCCAAGAUGGCAAGCUGCAGCUAUGUGGCCCACGAGCGGCUCAGCUACGCCUUCUCCGUCUGGAGAAUGGAGGGCGCCUGGUCCAUGUCCGCAUCCCACUAGCAGGCGGCGUCCCCCACCCGCAUCCCCCAGGCAGGAGCCCUAGAUGACAUUGUUCCCACAGAAGGAGAAAAUGGACAAUCUAGAGACUCUGAAGUUGGAUACGAUUUUUUUUUGGUCUUGUCUAAAAAAAAAAAAAUGUACCAAGGAUUUCUUGGAAAUUGGAAGAGCAAUAUCCAAAUUCAAAGCAGGGCGUGGGGAGCACUUAAGGAAAGAGAGACAAGGGCUUUGGACAGUGACUACCCUUUGGGCGUCGGUACAAUCCACACAUCUCUGCAUUCUGAUAGAAGUCUGAAUCGUUCGAUUUUUUUUUUUUAUUUUGACGAAGAAUGUUGGAAUUUAACUUUUUUUUUUUAAUUUGCCUUUUUUUUUUUUGCAUGCAUUCCCAAGAGGUCGUGCCUAUGAGCCACUGAUGAAAGGAAAUACAUUAUUGUGGACUUUCUUCAUUCUUGAAUGAAACCAACCAGCCAACCAAAAAAUAUCCCUGUAGAGAUGAAAACUUUUUUUUUUUUUAGGGGGGAAUAUGCUGGGCUCAAGCUGUUAUAUACCCGGUUCCUAACUUUUUUAUUAUUAUUAUUUUUCCUCUGAGAAAAAAAUAAACAUUUUAUUUAUUUAUUGA